AUGAAAAGAUCUCACUCCCAGAGCGACCCGAAGAAGCGCAAGAUGGGCCCCAGUGCUGAUAAGGAGGGAUCCGCGGACCUCAAUGGGCGGCCAGCUCCCCAGACAUCCACCACCGUGGCCGUGGUGGGAGCUGGCCCAUCUGGUCUGAUGCUCGCUGAAAACCUGGUGCGAUACGGAAUUAAAACCACGCUUCUCGAUGAUAGGUCGGACAAGACGUCGACGGGAAAAGCCGAUGGAAUCCAGCCCAAGACCAUCGAGACCCUCAAACAGCUCAGACUCGCGGACGACCUUCUGAGAAAAGGCGUCAAGGUCUACGAUAUAUCGUUCUGGGAAUCUACAGCGGACAAGCCUCUUCAGCGGACGGGUCGCAAGAUCCAUUAUCCAGCCCAUGUCGGAGCGUUAGAUCCGUACAUCCUGCUCGCCCACCAGGGGAUGAUUGAAGAUGUUCUGAUCCAAGACAUGGAGGAGCGCAGGUUCUCUGUCACACGCAGCAGCCCGUUCAUGGAAUGUUCCAGAUCGACUGCAGAUGGGAGAAUCGACGUGGUCUUUAGGGACCCCGCAACGAAGGCCCCUCGGGUGUUGCAAGCAGAUUACCUCGUGGGGUGCGACGGAGCCCGGUCGCUGGUCAGGCCGUUUAUCCCUGAAGCAAAGUUAAUUGGAGAAAUGACUAACGCAUCCUGGGGAGUGCUCGACGGCGUUAUUGAAACCGAUUUCCCCGACCUGUGGAGCAAAGUUGCUGUCCGCACCCAUCACGCUGGCUCCAUUCUUUGGAUUCCAAGAGAACGCAAUAUGACCCGUCUUUACGUCGAAUUGAGCUCGAAGGAAGGGAGUCGGAUGGACAAGUCCCUUGCUACGCCGGAAUAUGUCAUGAGCAGAGCUAGAGAGGCGAUGGCACCAUACACCCUGGAAUGGAAGUCCAUAGAAUGGUUUGGUAACUACGUCGUCAGCCAGCGCGUUGCCAAUCACUUUGCAGACGCUGAGCUACAGAUAUUCAUUGCAGGAGAUGCUGGCCACUGUCAUUCCGCCCUCGCCGCCCAAGGUGCAAACACCAGCAUGCACGACAGCUUCAACCUCGCCUGGAAGCUAAACCUCGUAGCCCGGGAUCUAGCCCCGCGCUCCCUCCUCGCCACGUACGAGGAGGAACGCAAGAAAAUUGCUCAAGACCUCAUCAACUUCGACGCAGAACACGUCAAGGCGUUCGCCGAAGGCGACGAGGCCCUCUCCCGCAACUUCGACGAGAACAUCCGCUUCAUCUCCGGCGUCGGAGCAGAAUACUCACCCAAUAUCCUCAAUCAAGUGGAGGACUCAACAACACCACUCCCCUCGGGCUCAUCGGUGAAUCUCCUGAAACCGGGCGCCCUCCUGACCCCCGCCAGAGUCUCCCGCUUCAUGGACGCGAACCCGGUCGACAUCCAGCUCGACAUCCCCCUCCUAAGCCAGUUCCGCAUUUACAUGUUCGCCCCUAGUUUGCCAACCGCCGCUGGCUUCCUAGACAGCCUCUGUGACUGCAUCCAAGCGCCAUCAUCACUUCUCUCCCGAGCCACCGCCCGUGCUAACAAGUCGUAUGCUGCGACCCCGCCCCCCGUGGCGCCGAUGGACAAAUACGAGCAACUGGGUCGAUAUACCCCCCUGUCUAAACUGUUCACGUAUGCGCUUGUGACACGGACGGCGAAAUGCGACGCGGAGCUCAGCUCUCUUCCGCCUCUUUUGCAGGCGAGUCGGUGGACUGUUUACCUCGACGAUGUCAUGUCCGGCGGAGGAUGUACUAAGAAAUGGCUGGGAGAUGUCACCGACAAUACUGUGGUGAUUGUCAAUGUCCGUCCCGAUGGCUAUGUCGGGAGCAUUGCGAGGUGGGACGAUAUUGGAGCCAAAGGGGUAGAGAGUGGGAGGAAGGCUGCAGAGUGGUUGGAAACGUAUUAUGGGGGCUUUUUGAAAGGGUAA